AUGAGGAUUUCAAAUAAUAAUUCAGAAUCUGGUAAUUGUGGUGUUGAAUAUACAAAGUUAAUUGAUUCAUUUUCUGAAAAGAUUAGAAUUAAAGAUCAUUGUGUCAAUAUUUCAACAAAUACCAGUACUGAAACUAAAAAUAAUAAUAGUAAUAUAAAUCAAGAUAUCUAUACAAUUACAUUGGUCGGAAAUGGAUCAGAACCACCUUUCAAUGCAAAAGGAUUAGUAUUACCAUCAUUAGGUACUUUAAGAAUUAUUAUACCAGCAGGUCUUGAAGUUGCAUCAUAUAAUCCACAAAUUUAUACAAAUUAUCAUCAUGGUACCGAUCCAACUUCAUCAUUUCAACGUGAUAAAUUUUAUAUUUUCCAUAAAGGUAAUAUUAUAGGAUAUAAUGGUAAUAAUGAUUUAAUAUUUGAACAAAAGAUUGAAAAAUAUGGUUGUUUUGAUUAUUAUGUUGAAUGGGAAGAAGUUGCAAGUAAAAAUGUAAAAUGUGGUCAAAUUGGAACAUUUCAAAUUAAUCCAAUGUUAAAGAUUAAUCAACAAGUGAUACCAAGUGAGUCAAUUUGUUUACAAACAUUCCUUACCAAAUGUAUGGGAUCAAUUGAUCAAUGGGAGAAACAUAUUGAGACAGCAUCAAAACUUGGUUUCAAUAUGAUUCAUUAUACACCAGUUCAAGAGAUUGGUGAAAGUGGUUCAUCCUAUAGUAUCUAUGAUCAACAAUCAAUCUCUUCAAAGAUAUUCGAGGGUGGGAUGAAUAGGAAAAUCAUCAAUGAAGAUGAGAAACUAUUGGCAUUGUCAUCAUUCAUUAGUGAUGCAGAGAAAAAGUAUGGUGUAUUGGGUAUGAUUGAUUUGGUUUGGAAUCAUACAGCAAAUAAUUCAGCAUGGUUAAAUCAACAUCCAGAAGCUGGUUACAAUACUGAUAACUCACCACAUUUGAAAUCCGCAGUUCAAUUGGAUCAAGCAUUACAAGACUAUGGCAAAACAUUGUAUGGUAAAGAGAUAAACAACAUCGAUCAAUUGAAUGAUGUAAUCAAUGAUGUUAAAACCAAAGUAUUACCACCAUUGAAACUUUGGGAAUAUUAUGUGUUGGAUAUCGAAAAGGAGGUUGAAAUAUUUAAAAACACUUUUUUCUCAUCGGGUAGAGUUAAGGAGCAAAUUCCAUCAUCAUGCUCAACAUUUUCACCAUCAUUUUUAAAGAAUAUCAUCUCCAAUCCAAAUCAUGAGAAACAUGAACAAAUCAAAUCAAUCUCAAAGAAUGGUAUAAUUCGUGCUCCAUCCUAUGAGCGUUAUUCGCUUCAUAUCAAUUUGGAUUACACUUAUAAGGUUUUGGAUACUUCAGUAACCUUUUCAAAUAAUUCAUCACCAGAGGAACAAAUUCAAAAGUAUCGUGAUAUACUAUCAAUUGUAAAUUUAGAGAUUUAUAAAGAUUUCGAUCAUGAUACCGAGGCAAUUUUAAAGAAUAUUUUCGAAAGAAUUAAAUAUGAACGUGUUAGUGAUCAUGGUCCAAAACUUGGAAAGAUUACAAAGAGUAAACCAUUGUUGACAUCAUACUUUACAAUAGUACAAUACCGUGAUCCAAAUAAUAGUAGUAUUCGUGAAAUUCCAUUGGCAAAUAAUGGUUGGAUAUUUAAUCAUAAUCCAACAGUGGAUUUCGCAAGUAGUGAAUCACGUGCCUACCUUAGACGUGAUGUCAUUGUUUGGGGUGAUUGUGUGAAAAUGCGUUAUGGUCAAUCACCAUCAGAUAACCAAUGGCUUUGGAAUCAUAUGAAAACUUACACUCAAAAUAUGGCUCGUAUUUUCCAUGCAAUUAGAAUUGAUAAUUGUCAUUCAACUCCAAUUCAUUUAGCUCAAUACCUUUUAGAUGCUGCCAGAGAAAUUCGUCCAGACAUCUACAUAACGUGUGAACUAUUCACUGGUUCUGAAGAGAUUGAUUACUUUUUCGUAAAGAAAUUAGGUAUAAAUUCUCUAAUUCGUGAAGCUAUGCAAUGUGGCGAUUCUUCAGAAUUUACAAGAGUACUCUAUCGUUAUGGUGGUAGACCAAUUGGUAGCAUUCAAGAACCACCAAUAGGUGAAUAUUUAAAUGGUUGUUGUUCAAGAAAUCUUGGUGGUGGAAUAAUAUCACCAAAUGAUUAUGCUUCAAAAUCAUUAAAACCAAGUUUACCACCUGCACUAUUUAUGGAUUGUACUCAUGAUAAUGAAACACCCCACCAAAAGAGAACCAUAGCCGAUACAUUAUCAAAUGCUGCAAUCGUUGCAAUGUCAGCUUGUGCCAUUGGUUCCACUAGAGGUUAUGAUGAAAUCUUCCCAAAAACAAUUGAUCUAGUAAAUGAAACUAGAGUUUACAAUACCAAUGUUAAUCUUUCAAGUGGUAUUCUACCAAUUAGAUCAUUAUUAUCAAAGAUACACUUGGAACUAUCAUGUAAUGGUUUUGAUGAAAUUCAUAUUCAUCAAGAUGGUAAUUUAAUUUUCAUUCAAAGAUAUUCACCAAAAUUAAAUGAAUCAAUAUUUAUGGUUGCUCAUUGUUCAUUCUCAAAUCAACAACAACAACAACAGCAAGAUAAUGAUAAAGAAUUACAUGUACCUUGUAAAAUUUCACAAUUUUUAUUUGGUGCAAAGAUUACCAAUACCCAUAUCAAUAGAAAUGAUUGGAAUACAAAUACAACCAAAUUGAAUGGUAUUGAAGUAGAUUGUGAAAUUCAUUAUCAUGAUAAAGUUUUAAAUCAAUUUUGUCAAAUUCAUGAAUAUAACAAUGAGAAUGGUGCACUUUGUACAACGUUGAAAUUAAAUAACUUUAAAGCUGGUUCCAUUUUAUUCUUUAGAGGUGAAAUUCCAAAACCAAAUAUAGAAUCCAUUAGAAAGAUUGAACAAUUGAUUUUGGAUGAAAAUAAUCAACUCUGUAAAUCAUUUGACAAUGUUGAUUUAAUUGAUAUGAAUGUACUAUUAUUCAGAAUCAAUGAAGAGGAGAAACAAGUCAUUGGUCAUGGUGCUUAUCAUGUCCAAAAUCCAGUUGGUGAAUUAUCAUUCUGUGGUUUACAAGGUUUCGUAACUGAAUUAAAUCAAAUUGCAAAGCAUAAUGAUUUGGGUAAUCAAUUAUGUGGGAAUCUUAGAAAAGGCAAUUGGGCAAUCGAUUAUAUCGUCAAUAGAUUGGAUCAAAGAGUAGCCUUGAAAUCAGUGAAACAAUGGUUAACUCAAUGUUUUGAUCAAUUGAAACAAUUACCAAGACAUUUAAUACCAAUGUAUUUCUAUCAAAUCAUUAUGACAACCUAUCGUUUCGCCACAAAUAAAUCCAUUGAAAAGAUGGGUAAUUCAUUCGUAAAGGAGAGUGAUUCUUGGUUUUCACGUGCAUUGGCUCUCACGAGUAUACAAUUCUUUGGUGUUUCAACACCAUUAAUUUCAAAUCCAAAUGUAUUAGAAGGUGUUAAAGAUAGAGAAGCUUCACUUGCUGCUGGUUUCCCACAUUUUGCAACUGGUUAUAUGAGAUCCUGGGGUAGAGAUACUUUCAUAUCCCUACGUGGUAUCCUUUUAGUGACCAAUCGUUAUCGUGAAGCAAUUAAUAUCAUCGUUGGAUUUGGUAGUUGUUUAAGAUUUGGUUUAAUUCCAAAUCUUUUAGAUUGUGGUACCAAACCAAGAUUCAAUUCAAGGGAUUCCGUUUGGUGGUAUUUACGUUCAAUUCAAGAUACUUACAAUUGUUUACCAACAGAGAAAGAGAAAGAUCAAUUUUUAAAUCAAACUAAAGUCUAUCGUUUAUUCCCACCCACAAAUUACAUUUCGCCAAUCUCUACAAUCGCAGAGAUCAUUCAAGAGAUUUUACAAGCUCAUGCAAGUGGUAUUCAUUUCCGUGAACCAAAUGCAGGUAGAGAAAUUGAUGAUAGAAUGAGAGAUGAAGGUUUCAAUAUUAGCAUUGAUCUAAAUUUAACUAAUGGUUUCCUUUAUGGUGGUAAUCGUAGUAAUUGUGGUACUUGGAUGGAUAAAAUGGGUGAAUCAACAAAAGCAAACAACUAUGGUGAACCUGCAACACCCCGUGAUGGAGCCCCGAUUGAAAUCACUGCAAUGCUUUAUUCAACAUUAUCUUGGAUCUCUGAUUUAUAUAAACUUGAUAAAUUUAAACACGGCGGUGUUGAAAUUUUAAAAUCAAAAGAUAAUAACGAUAAUAAUAAUAAUAAUAAUAGCAAAACUGAUAUUUUAACUUAUCAAGAUUGGUCAAAAUUAAUUGAAACAAAUUUUGAAAAAUAUUAUUAUGUUCCAUCAAGCGGUGAUGAUAAGAAAUAUAUUAUCAAUUCAAAUUACGUUCAUCGUAGAUUCAUUUAUAAAGAUGUAGUUGGUAGUGCAAACGUUUUCUCUGAUUACCAAUUAAGACCAAAUAUUUGUGUUGCAAUGUCAUUUGCACCAAAGUUAUUCAAUGAUCAACAUGCAAAUAAAUGUAUUGAUAUCAUUAGAAAUUCAUUGGUUGGUCCAAUCGGUAUGAAAACUCUUGAUCCAAAUGAUCCAAAUUAUCAUGGUAACUAUGAUAAUUCAUCAGAUUCUGGUUAUAAACCAACAUCAAGAGGUUUCAAUUAUCAUAAUGGUCCUGAAUGGGUUUGGUGUUAUGGUUUCUUUUUGGAAUCAAUUGUACAAUUUAAACAGUUCCCUUCGAUUUCAACAAAGAAUCAUUUAAUCAAUUCAUUAUUAAUUAAACAUAAACUUUACAUUCAAAAUGAUAAACGUUUCUCAUUACCAGAGUUAACUAAUCGUGAAGGUAGUUUUUGUAAAGAUAGUUGUGAUUCUCAAGCUUGGUCAAUUGCAACAAUUUUAGCUUCACCUUAUCAAUUAUCAAUUACUAAAAAUUAA